AAUGGUCCCAGUUGGACCUUCGCGGGUCUUUCAUAAAAGACGUCGAGACAUUUGCCUCUGCUUCACCUUCCAACCUAAGGCCGCCCAGUGGAGACUGAAGCACGCACCUUUUGAGUUUCCGGCGAGUCUUUCGGCCAUCCAUCCGGCAACGUAAACUCUCCUCGGUUCACUUUUUUUUUGUGCUUCAUCGAAAUCUGCUAUCCGUGUCUUUUGUUAUCAUUAUUAUUUUUUAUAAAGUCAUGAUAUUUUUAUAGUGUGCAUGGUUGUGCUUUCUACCCAACGUACCAAGUUUCUCCCCUUCGUGUGAUUUCUAUUAAACUGACCAAGGAGAACUUCUUGCUCUGGAAGGAUCAGAUGAAACCCUACCAUUCUCAAUUUGUUAGUGCUACUGCUUCUGACGGCGCCAUCACCUCUCCUCUCUUCUUAAUCUGGACUCUUCUCUUUAGAGUAAUAUGGAAACAGAGAAUGAAUAUACUGUUUUCCUCGUUCAUAAUCUUCAGGAGUUAGAGGCGUGUAUUGAUAAUAAUACUUGUAAAGAUUACACAGGACAACAAGGACUCACUCUCAUAUAGAGUUCGUGAUUCGGUCAACCCGAGGUCAAUCAGAUUUAGAGCAUUAUUCUCAAUGUUGUGUUAUAUGGUCAGUCGAAUCUCGGUUAUUCGAUGAAAAUGAAAUGGAAGGGUUUGGUUGGAUUGUUUUAUUUAAUGGGAAAAGGGAAAUGUGUUUAAUGAUUGACAUGUUUGGUUACCGAGAAAAUGUUUCAAAAGAAAGGCGAUGGAAAUAAGAACUCAAGUUUCUUCCUGUUUUUAUUGCAAGAAGCGAGGUAAGCGGACAGAUGACCUCCUCUGAGCCUAAUAGAACUAGUUGUCGCUCUUCGUUUUGAUGAGUCCUUUUGUUGUUUGGGAUGCAGAUAUACGUUUUGAUGAGUCCUUUUGUUGUUUGGGAUGCAGAUAUACAGAGAAGAAAAAGAGUCUCUUUUUCUGUCUUUUACUCUCCUCUCAUCUGACAAACAGACUAUUAUGAGGAAAAUAUUCCAGUCAAAUUUCUUGGAGGAGUGAAAGGAUGGAGAACUUCAAAGCUCCUUUCAGAGGAAUUGCAAAUGAUGUCAGAGGAAGAGCACGGUGUUAUAAGCAAGAUUGGAUUGGAGGACUUCGUGGAGGAAUUGGGAUACUAGCCCCAACUACUUAUAUCUUCUUUGCUUCUGCUCUUCCGGUGAUUGCCUUUGGCGAGCAACUAAGCAGAGAUACUGAUGGAAGCUUGAGCACCGUGGAAACUCUAGCUUCUACUGCUAUUUGCGGUAUAAUACACGCAAUUUUUGGAGGACAACCCCUUCUAAUAUUGGGAGUUGCAGAACCAACUGUUAUCAUGUACACCUAUUUGUACAACUUCGCCAAAGGGAGGGAUGAUUUGGGAAGCGAACUCUUCUUGGCUUGGGCUGGAUGGGUUUGUGUUUGGACAGCUCUCUUGCUGUUUCUUCUUGCAAUAUUCAAUGCCUGCACUGUCAUCAGUAGGUUUACGAGGAUUGCGGGCGAGCUUUUUGGCAUGUUGAUUGCUAUUCUCUUUAUUCAAGAGGCCAUCAAGGGUAUGAUUGAUGAGUUUGAAAUUCCCAAAGCUGGGGAUCCAAAGUCAGAGAAGUAUCAAUUUCCAUGGAUUUACACAAAUGGAUUACUGGGGAUCAUAUUUACUUUUGGUCUUCUCUACACUGCCCUAAAGAGCAGAAAGGCGAGGUCAUGGUGGUAUGGCACAGGGUGGUUUAGAAGUUUUGUGGCAGACUAUGGGGUUCCUUUAAUGGUUGUAGUGUGGACAGCACUGUCAUUCAGUGUACCAAGCAAAGUUCCAUCUGGUGUUCCGAGAAGGCUCUACAGCCCUCUUGCCUGGGAAUCUGCAUCUUUACACCAUUGGUCUGUAGUACAGGACAUGGGCAAGGUUUCUCCAGCAUACAUCUUUGCAGCUUUUAUUCCUGCUGUGAUGAUUGCGGGGCUUUACUUUUUCGACCACAGUGUUGCUUCACAGAUGGCACAACAAAAGGAGUUCAAUCUUAAGAACCCUUCUGCUUAUCAUUACGAUAUAUUACUGCUUGGAUUUAUGACUCUGCUUUGUGGAUUGAUGGGGCUACCUCCUUCAAAUGGUGUCCUGCCGCAGUCCCCCAUGCACACCAAGAGCCUUGCCGUUCUCAAAAGGCAGUUGAUGCGAAGGAAGAUGGUGGAAAGUGCCAAGGAAAGCAUAAAGCAGCAAGCUAGCAACUCCGAAAUCUAUGGCAAGAUGCAAGCUGUGUUCAUAGAAAUGGAUGGCAGUGCAGCAUCUACUUUAGUGGUUAAAGAGCUGGAAGACUUGAAGGAAGCAGUAAUGAAAGGUGAAAAUAGCAGUGAAAGUGCAAAGGGAUCAUUUGAACCUGAGAAGCACAUUGAUGCAUACCUGCCUGUCCGAGUUAAUGAGCAGAGAGUGAGCAAUCUCUUACAGUCACUCCUUGUGGCAGCAUCAGUUGGUGCUAUGCCUCUAAUAAAGAAGAUACCCACUUCAGUGCUUUGGGGAUACUUUGCAUACAUGGCCAUUGAUAGUCUUCCUGGGAACCAGUUUUGGGAAAGGAUUUCAUUUCUCUUCAUAACGCCUGGCCGGCGUUACAAGGUCUUGGAAGGGGUUCAUGCAUCAUUUGUGGAGUCGGUACCUUUUAAGUACAUGGCCAUAUUUACGAUCUUCCAGAUUAUAUAUUUCCUGGUCUGUUUUGGUAUAACAUGGAUUCCUAUUGCUGGAAUCUUGUUCCCCUUGCCAUUCUUCGUUCUUUUAAGCAUAAGACAGCAUAUUCUUCCCAAGCUGUUUCAACCACAUCAUUUGCGGGAACUGGAUGCAGCUGAAUAUGAGGAAGUCACCGGUGCCCCAAGAGUUUCCAUCAGCCUAUCGUUUAAUGAAAGGGAAGCACAGCAUCUUGGAAAUGGAGAUAGUGGAGUGGAAAUUUGUGAUGCUGAGAUAUUAGAUGAACUGACAACAAGCAGGUGGGAAUUGAAGGUUAGAAAUUUUAGCUUCAGUGAAGAGAAAUGUGGCCAGGUUCAUCCAGGGGAUCACAGUUGAGUGAAAGAUGAGUUCGAUUGCCAUCGAAAUGGGAAAGCCUAAUGAGGUAUUCUGAGAAUACAUAAGGUUGAACUCUCUCCAUGGUAGCAAGUCCCUAUAUAAGUAAAACAACCCGAAGAGGGACAUAUAAAAAGCAAAGAAAAAGGGAGUUAGAGAGUUAACACCCGCACUUUCAUUCUCCUAGUAAAAUGAUGUCCACAGUAUAUGCAUACAUGUAUCUAUGUGUGUCACUGCCAGUGUGUGUGCAUUCAUUGUUGGGAAUAGGGCUUUAAAUGAACCAAUGUAUUCAAUAGCUCCCUCGAUACUGAUCCGGUUAAACUCGAAUUGAACUUGACUUGUGAAAAAAAAAGCUCGCUCGUGAAAGCAG